GGAGGGAGGGGAGCAGCAGUGUAGGAAAAGAGGAGGAAGCAGCAAGGAUGGCGGAGUCACACCUCUGAAGUGUUUUUUUUCAGAGGGAUUAAGCAAACUGCUGCAACCUAAAGCAACUUCUAAUCAGCAGACCUGGGAUUGACGGGAGUUUAAAGGCUCAAGCAUGAGUCCAGUGGACGCCACAGGUUACUUGCUUCGUAGCCGUAUUUGUCCCAUUCUACUUUAGCCAAGGAACAGUCCCUAAAACGUCCCUUAGGUCAAGUGGCCAUUUAUUCCAAGGGUAAUCAUCAAUUUGUCGGCCUGGAUAGGGAUGUAUAUUUUAAAAGCUUCUUUGAUUAUCUGUGUCCCUUUGUUUCUUAAUAAGUAACCUGUCAAGAGAGAGUCCCAUGCACAUCUAUGCUGGGGUGCUGAUUACGUCAAAAUGAGUAGUUCCUUAGGUAAAGAAAAAGAUUUAAAAGAAAAGGACCCUAAAGGUGGUCUAGCAGGUAAAGAAAGGGACAAAGAGGCCAAGACUUUAUCCAGCCUAGUCAAAGAUGGUGGCAAAGAAACAAAGACCAAAGGGAAAGACACAAAGGAAGGAAAGAAGGACACAAGCAGCUCAACACCAGGUGUUGCCUUUUCUGUUGACAACACGAUAAAGCGGCCAAACCCAGCACCAACCACACGCAAGAAAUCCAGUAAUGCAGAGGUCAUCAAAGAGCUUAAUAAGUGUCGGGAAGAGAACUCGACCAGACUGGACCUAUCCAAACGGUCCAUUCACAUGCUGCCCACUGCUAUUAAGGAGUUGACUCAGUUGUCAGAACUCUAUUUAUACAGCAACAAGCUACAGAGCCUACCAGCUGAGGUGGGCUGCCUGUCAAGCCUGGUCACUUUAGCCCUCAGCGAGAACUCCUUAACCAGUUUGCCAGAUUCCUUGGAUUCCCUGAAGAUGCUUAAAAUGCUUGAUCUCCGGCACAACAAGCUCAGAGAGAUACCUCCUGUGGUCUACCGGCUGACGUCUCUGACCACACUGUACCUGCGCUUCAAUCGCAUCACCACAGUGGAGAAGGACAUCCGAAAUCUUUCCAAGCUCACCAUGCUCAGCAUCCGGGAGAACAAGAUUAAACAGCUACCAGCAGAAAUAGGGGAGCUAUGCAGCCUCAUUACUCUGGAUGUUGCCCAUAAUCAGUUGGAACAUCUACCAAAGGAGAUCGGAAAUUGCACACAAAUAACCAACCUUGACCUGCAGCACAACGAGCUCUUGGACCUCCCAGAGACUAUAGGAAAUUUGGCAAGUAUAAAUCGAUUAGGACUGCGAUAUAACCGAUUGUCAGCCAUCCCCAAGUCGUUAGCCAAAUGUCGAGAACUUGAGGAACUAAACCUUGAAAACAACAACAUUUCAGUAUUGCCAGAGGGCCUGCUGUCCAGUUUGCUAAAUUUGACCAGUCUGACGCUGGCCAGGAACUGCUUCCAGUCUUACCCUGUGGGUGGGCCCUCCCAGUUCUCCACUAUUUACACGCUCAACAUGGAGCACAACCGCAUCAACAAGAUCCCGUUUGGUAUCUUCUCCAGGGCCAAAGUGUUAAGCAAGCUCAACAUGAAGGACAACCAGUUAACAGCUUUGCCGUUGGAUUUUGGCACAUGGACUAGCAUGGUUGAACUUAACCUGGCCACUAAUCAGCUGAAUAAAAUCCCAGAAGACAUCUGUGGACUUAUCUCUCUAGAGGUAUUAAUACUGUCCAAUAAUCUUCUGAAGAAGCUACCGCAUGGUAUUGGAAGUUUGAGAAAGUUACGAGAACUCGACCUGGAGGAAAACAAAUUAGAAUGUCUACCGCAUGAAAUCGCUUACCUUAAAGAUUUACAGAAAUUGGUGUUGACCAAUAAUCAGCUGACUACGUUACCAAGAGGCAUCGGCCACCUCACCAACCUGACUCACCUUGGAUUGGGAGAGAACCUGCUGCAACACCUUCCUGAGGAGAUCGGCACACUGGAGAAUCUGGAGGAACUGUACCUCAACGACAACCCCAACCUGCACAGCCUCCCGUUUGAGCUGGCCCUUUGCAGCAAGCUGUCCAUCAUGAGCAUCGAGAACUGUCCCCUCACCCACCUGCCGGCCCAGAUCGUUGCAGGUGGCCCGUCUUUCAUCAUCCAGUUCCUUAAGAUGCAGGGACCUUACCGUGCCAUGGUCUGAGCCAAGAGAAGCUUAGUGCCACUUCAAGCUCCACUCCAAACCCUCGGCUUUACUCUGCACCCCUUCGCCUGCCUGCCCUCCCAUUAUGUGUAUCAUACACUGUAAAGAAAACAGACUCGCUACAAUCAGUGUUUUGGGUGGGGGGGCACCUAACAAUAGGGGAGGGACACGCACAAGGAUCGCGUUUUGUUCUCAGUACUCUGGCAGAAAUGAAGGCAAACCCUUGGAGACUUCAGUGUUCCUCCAGAGUUGAUCCCAGUCCUUCAUGACCCCAGGCCACCGAAAAAACCCGCUCACUUUUCAUUCCAAAUCAUAAAACGAGGCAAAGCCCUCCACGAGUUUGCCAAAACUGAAGAUAUUUAAAGUUUGAUCAAGUGACUGUGGGCUCAGAGGGAAGUCCUCCAGCUUUUUAAACCAUAAUCCCAUUGCCAAUGUAUUUACAGUAAUUACAGCAUCUAUUAUGUGAGCAAGGAUACAAUUGUAUGCAAAAACACAAAAACAAGUCUUUGGGACUUCUCGUUUGCUGCUGCUGUAAUUUUAAACUCUGUCAUCUUAUACCUUCUUUUUUUUUUUUUUUUACGUAAUCUUUCCUCGUCAUAACUUAUGUUAACUGUUUGUGACCCUGAAGAACAAAGGUCUAAUGUUUUGGUCUUUUUUUUUUUGGCUUUUAAAUGUUUUUUUUCUUUUAAAACUGUGCCUAUGUUUAGAGUGAUCCGGUGGUUCAUUUCUAAACACACUUCUCCAUGAAAUACAAAGACGUAAAUUAUUUCAAUUGUUUUUAUUACUGUUUUCACUUUUUUUUUUUUUUUUUAAGUGUACCUGUUGCAUCAUUCUGUCAUGCAAGUGAUAUCAGUUGUAAAAUACGGAGAACCUUUUUAACAAAUAGCAGCAGUAGGUGUUAGCAUUGAGCUAGUCUUGUAUACAUAUGAUAAAUGCCAAUCAUACAUGUCUGUGGAGGACAGAUGGGGGUGACUUGGACUUUUUGUUGCCCCAAAAAGGAGUGAGCGAGGCGGCCUCUGCCUGGUAUUGGGACGGGGUCAUGAAACAUACCUAGGUGAUGAGAUAAACGAUAGAUGUUUUAUACAUUUAUACAAUUUCUGGUUGUUGCCUUGGGUGCAAUUUUAGUUAUGUUUACUUGUUUGAUAUUAUCUCCAGUGUUGGACUUCAUUGCCGUCAUCCAGUUGUUCAUUGACCUACAUAUCGAGCAUUAUUAAAGUAUAUUUCUGAGUCUAUGGAGCAAGUUGGUGAGUGUCGGCGCUUCGCAAAGAUUUGAUAAUAAAAAUUUUGACGGGUAACUCAUCCGUGACACUUUAUUUUUUCUUUACAACUUCCAGUUAUUCUCCUCUGUUUAACUGAGUGUAAAUUAUCCCAAACACACAACUGAUGGUAUACUCCUUUAAAAUUUAUAUCUGUUUAUGAUUUUUUUUAAAAGAUAUCAUCUGUGCCACACUGUCCCAGCAAUGCUGCUGCAUUCAUGCACUUUUUAAGAUACUGGCAUCUUUUCUCCUGAGGUGGGCACAUAAAAGCCCCUCUAUUUAACCUUGGGGGCAUUUCUAAGUUGUUUUUUUUCUUCCUUUUUAAUGGCAAAUUCUGUAAAUUUGUAUCACUUGAAUAUACUUGAGUUUGGCAGUUUCAGAAUUUAAAAUCAACUUUGGUGGAAAUUUAAUCUUGUCAAUUAUUAAAGGAGCUUUGCUGUUUCUGGCUUUAAAAAUGUUUUUAAAACUCCCAUGUCCUGCUUUAUCCAUUGCUUGAAAAAAUGGCUUGCAUUUAAAAGGAGCAAUGUUGAUUAUAAAUACACUUUCAUUAAGGUUUUUUUUUUGUUUGUUUCUUAAUGAUUAAAUGUAUAUUGAGUAUUUUUUUCCAAGUGACUGUACAUUAAAACGCCCUUAUAAAAGGUCAUUAUUUGGAUAUGUUUUUCUCCCUGUUCCAGUCAGCCUGGUUUCAUGUUGUAAGGUUUGCUUUCCUUGCAGCAGCUCGCUGUUUCAUCGGCCCAGCUGUGAAACAAGCUCAUCAAGAGGGUGCGUCUGUGGGAAGAAAUCGAACAAUGAGCUGCUUCUAAUUUACCAGCAGAACCUGUUGCUGCUUUUCUUUGACUCAAACAUAUGACAGAGGAGACGGGACAAAAGCUCCACUCCCAGAUUCUUUCACCUGGCGACCUACAGAGGACUUCUGUUUUUUUUUUUUAAGUCGGGCCUCUGUGGGUUAAACAGAUCAAAUUGUUCGGACAUGAAGCAACACAACAAAGGUGCAUAUUUGAGCUCAAACGCAGUUCUAGUACAAGACUGUCGGGGAAAAAAAGACAGAUCAGUUAUAAAAAGGGCUUUCUGUGUUCACGCUCAACAACACCAGAGGCAUUGCAUUCCUGGGUUUUAUAUAAAAGCUUUGGGAGUUUCUUCUCUUAUUGUGUGUAAUUACUUUAAACUGUGGAAAGAGAUGCCUUCAAGUACUCGACAGUGACGUGCAUUAGGUAUGCAGCGUGUGUGCUGUGACCCAGUUUUUUCAUUCUCCAACUUAUCCAGUUUGUUUUCCUUUUUACCCUUUGUUUUAAAAUAUUUUUUCACAUGCCAAGUUGAUACAUGUUGAAGGACAACGAAAGAAGACUCAGGACGGCUGGAGAGGAAUGGGAUCGAUACACCAGAGAGAAUUAGUCUGAUGGUAGAAUGUAGUUUUCUCCUUAUUCAGGGGCUCAGCUGAAGUGAUUUCGAUUGUUUCCAUGUUUGUGUUUCAGUCAGUCAGCUCACUCUGUUUAUUUUUUAAUUUUUUUGUUCGGUACCUGCAUUUUACAAUUUCCCCUUUCCUGACCUGGAACCUGCCUUCAGGCAACAAGCAUAUUGGACCCCUUCCCCUGGCAUGGUCUGGAUCAGAAUCAGAACCUGUUGAUUAGAGAUUCUUAGUGGCUUUUUGAUGUACCGGCAAAAUGCUCCCUUUUUGUAUAUAAAGGGUUUCCAAACAUUGUGCCAAUGCUUUUCCUACUUAUUCUACAUUGACGAGCAGCCUUAAUGGUCUUUUUUUAUGUGUUUGGCUAAUUCUUGUGUCUAUGGCCACUGACUGUACUUGAUGACAAGCAACUGGACGUUAACAAUGUAAUUUUGACUAGUUUUCCUCUCUUAUUUUUGUUUUUCUUUUACUCUGUACAGUAACCUGUAAACUCGGUAUUACAAAAUCUGUUAUGUGAAGAGUUUUAUAAGAAGACAAAGACUGCAUUGGAAGAUAAUGCCAAUAUGUUACAAGGUGGAUGUGCAUUAAGCUUAUGUUUCACAUGUCUGUGGCAUUAAAGGGGAAU